ACAAUCUUCCUUCCUGUCAGCUCAGGCACACCGCACAGCACAGCCAUCCUGACAGUUUCACCCCUUCCAGUCCGGACACUUUCACCCCCUUCCAGUCCGGACACUUUCCCCCCCUUCCAGUCCGGACACUUUCCCCCCCCUUCCUGUCCGGACACUUUCCCCCCCUUCCUGUCCGGACACUUCCCCCCCCCCCCCCCCCCCUUCCUGUCCGGACACUUUCCCCCCCCUUCCUGUCCGGACACUUUCCCCCCCCUUCCUGUCCGGACACUUUCCCCCCCCUUCCUGUCCGGACACUUUCCCCCCCCUUCCUGUCCGGACACUUUCCCCCCCCCUUCCUGUCCGGACACUUUCCCCCCCUUCCUUCCGGACACUUUCCCCCCCUUCCAGUCCGGACACUUUCCCCCCCUUCCAGUCCGGACACUUUCCCCCCCUUCCAGUCCGGACACUUUCCCCCCCUUCCAGUCCGGACACUUUCCCCCCCUUCCAGUCCGGACACUUUCCCCCCCUUCCAGUCCGGACACUUUCCCCCCCUUCCAGUCCGGACACUUUCCCCCCCUUCCAGUCCGGACACUU